CCAUGCGUUUCGAUCUCCUCACCCUGGCCGCUCUCGGCUCCCUCGCCGUUGCGGCCCCUGCCCCCCACGAUGUCGCUGAGAGAGAUCUUGUCGAGAGAUCCUCCUGCACCUUCACCGAUGCUGCCUCCGCCAAGGCCGGUGUCAAGAAGUGCUCCAGCUCGAUCCUGAAGAACAUCAAGGUCCCCGCUGGCCAGACCCUUGAUCUGUCUGGUGCCAAGAAGGGCUCCACUGUCACCUUCGAGGGUACCACCACCUUCGGCUACAAGGAGUGGAAGGGCCCCCUCAUCCGCCUCGGCGGCGAGAGCGUCACUUUCACUGCUGCCUCGGGCGCCGUGAUCGACGCCCAGGGUGAGCGCUGGUGGGACAGCAAGGGCACGAACGGCGGCAAGACCAAGCCCAAGUUCAUGUACGCGCACAAGCUGCAGAGCUCGUACGUCAAGAACCUGCACAUCAAGAACACGCCGGUGCAGGCGAUCUCGGUGCAGGGCAACGACGUGCACAUCGAGGGCGUGACCAUCGACAACUCGGCGGGCGACAGCAAGGGCGGCCACAACACCGACGCCUUCGACAUCAGCGACUCCAACGGCGUCUACAUCAGCGGCGCCAAGGUCUACAACCAGGACGACUGCCUGGCCAUCAACUCCGGCGAGAACAUCUACUUCGACAGCGGCUACUGCUCUGGCGGCCACGGACUGUCGAUCGGCUCCGUCGGCGGCCGCGACAACAACGUCGUCAAGGGCGUGCACAUCACCAACAGCCACGUCGUCAACUCCGACAACGGCGUGCGCAUCAAGACCAUCUACAAGAAGACCGGCUCCGUGACCGAUAUCACGUAUGACAACAUCCAGCUCGAGAACAUCGCCAAGUACGGCAUCGUCAUCCAGCAGGACUACGAGAACGGCUCCCCGACCGGCACCCCCUCCAACACCAUCCCCAUCAAGGACGUUACCAUCAACAAAAUCACCGGCUCCGUCGAGAGCUCCGCCCAGCCUGUCUACAUCCUGUGCGGUUCCGGCUCUUGUGCUGACUGGACCUGGAAGGGCGUGGAUAUCUCCGGUGGUAAGGAGAAGAAGUCUUGCAAGAACGUCCCUAGCGGCGCUUCUUGCUAGAUGCUUACCAUGGAUGAUCGCCGUGGUCACUGGGCGAGUGCAAGUGAUGGGGUUUACUGCUUCGGUGGGUUGUGUAUUAGUAGUUGAAUCUUUAUUCUAUAAUCUUUAGAAAAUAAUCAGAAGGUCUG